AUGUCUGAGACACCAAAAAUAUCUUUUAUUACCCAGAAAGAUGGGGACAUCCAGCAAGAUAAACCCGAAAAAAUCUUGGCCGAUAUUGAAAGUGAAUCACCAAAAGUAAAAAUAUGCAUUACCGCGCAGGAAGAUAAAACAGAAAAAAUCUUUAUUACUAAACUUUUAGAUCAAUAUCAUGAAUUUAGGGAAACUGUAUUAGUAUUAUUGAUUAUCAGUUUUUUAAUUUCAUUUUUCGCCCUUUUUAUUGCGGUAUAUCUCAAAAAAAAUGAAAGAAUCGAAAAUCCUAAUAGACCAAUUAAUCUUAAUAGACCAAUUAAUCCCACUCUUGAAGAUAUUGCUAAAAAUGGCGCUGAUAAGUUAUCAAAUACGAUACCCUUGGUAGUUGAUUCCUUAACAGCAUUAUUAAGUGGUGGAGGAAUUAUUAUAGGGUUUAAAAAAUUUUUUUUCUCAUCUAAAGAAUAUAUAAAUUUGAUGCAUAAACCCAUAGAAAAUGAAGUAGUAAUUGGUACCAGACGAGUAAUCAAAAACCUGAAAUUGAUAAAAAAUAUAUAUGCUACCAUUACUACAAUCGGUUCUAUCAUUAUAUUCAUUCUUGUUGUUAUAAAUCUUGUACAUUUAGCCACUAGUGAUAACUCUAUAUCAAAUAAUGAUACUUGUCAAAUUUUUACUGAUUGCAUUACUUAUGUUCAAAGCAUCAAUUCGACAGUUGGAUGUGACAGCAGCGUACCUUGUGAUAAUCAAGAUAAUCUUAUAUGCCAAAUUUCUAAUUCAAAUUUGGCUUAUUUUAAUACCACUUAUGUUAACAAUGAUAUAUGUCCACCUGCGGUGUCAGAAAUUUUUAUAUCUCAGGAAAAAUUCAAUUAUUACGAAACAAAUAAUAUCGCCGUGUUAGCAUUAGGAGCUACUGGAAUAAUUCUAAAUGUAUGCUUGUUGAUUUUUUAUUUUAAUCGUUUUGGUACUUCUAAAAUUCGAAUGGAAUCAGAUACAAAGAAUAAUCUUUAUAA